UUCUUCAACAGGUUUUAACACAUGAACGUGGUAGUGCUUGCUGCAACCAACCGAGUGGAUAUUCUUGACAAAGCGCUUCUAAGGCCCGGAAGAUUUGACCGGCAAAUAUUCGUUCCGGCCCCGGACAUAAAGGGGAGAGCUUCAAUCUUUAAAGUCCACCUUUCCCCUUUGAAAUCGAACUUGAACAAACAGGAAAUAUCUCGUCGCCUGGCAGCGUUGACUACCGGAUUUACAGCGCAAAGACCACACCUCCACCCGGGAAGAAGAGAGCCCCAGCCCGCCCACCGGGGAAAAUUGCGGCACCUGGGAAAAAUGCGGCACCAGGGGACUCCACCUCAAAUUCCAAUUUGACUCAAGUACGUCCUGGUGGGAUGUGCGUGUGUGCCUGGCCACCCACAUUCCAAACCGAUCGGGGACGGCUAUCGAUGUCCAUGUACCAGAGCCACCCCCAGCAACCAGACA